AUGUCUCCCUCCGAAGCGCAGCUCAAGGCCCGGUCCGAAGCCGAGAUCAAGCGCAACCCGCACCCGGACUUCAAAACUGUCCAGGCCUCGCGCCCGCCCUUCGACGCCUCCAGCACCUUCCGCUACACCCAGACCCCCGCGCCGUCAUGGAAGUUCGGCACCGGGGCCAACGACCUCGAGACGCCUGAGCAGCGCGACGCCAAGCACGUCGCCAUCGACCCCUACGAGCAGGGCCGACCCGCGGCCUUCAACUACAAGCUGCUCAUCAGCGCCAUAGUGCCCCGGCCCAUCGCCUUCGUGUCGACGCGCUCCGGGGACGGCAAGGCCGAGAACCUCGCGCCGUUCAGCUACUUCCAGAUGAUCGGGCACGACCCGCCGCUCUUCGUCGUUGGCUUCGCCAGCGCGCUGGCCGACGAUAGCUCCGCGCGCGACUCGCUGCGCAACCUCGUCAGCAGCGGCGAGUGCGUCGUCAACAUCAUCAGCGAGCACUUUGUCGAGGCGGCCAACGCCGCGAGCGUCAACGCGCCCUUUGGCGCGAGCGAGUGGGCCGUCAGUGGGCUGACGCCGGUCUACGACUGCGUCGAUGUCAAGUGCCCGCGCGUGGGCGAGGCCAUCUUCAGCGUCGAGACCAAGCUCGAGAGUGUGCGCGAGUUUGAGAGCCGGCGGACGCCUGGGAAGAAGACGAGCGUGAUGGCUGUGCUCGAGGGUACCCGGUUCUGGGUGCGUGAGGAUGCACUGAACGAGGAUAGGAAUCUGGUGGAUCCGACCGUUUUAAGACCCGUGAGCCGUUUGGGUGGCAUUACGUACGGCCGAGUCACCGAGGCUUUUGAGAUUCUCCGUCCAGAUUGGGACAAGGACUUGGGUGGUCAGGAUGCUUACGAUAAGCUGGACGUAGAAACUAACCCUGGCAAAGAAAGUACUUAG